UGAUGGCUCCACAGAUCCCUAUGGAAAGUCCCACCUGUCUAAUUGAGAAUAGACCUGAUGGGACACUUGUGGUGGACGAGAAAGCCAUGCACAUUCUUCUGAAUAUCCGCCAGCCAGUGGUGGUGGUGGCCAUCGUGGGGCUCUAUCGCACCGGCAAGUCCUACCUCAUGAAUAGGCUUGCCGGCAAGAGAAAAGGUUUCUGCUUGGGUGCCACCGUGCAGGGGCAGACCAAGGGCAUCUGGGUGUGGUGCCUCCCUCACCCCCGCAGGCCCGACCACACGCUGGUGUUGCUGGACACAGAAGGCUUGGGUGAUGUGCAGAAGGGCAAUACGCAGAACGAUUCCUGGAUCUUUGCAUUGGCCAUUCUGCUCAGCAGCACCCUGGUCUAUAACAGCAUGGGCACCAUCGACGAAGUGGCCCUGGAGAAGCUGCACUAUGUCACUGAGUUGACCAAAAAGAUUCACACAAAGUCUUCCGGGCGCUGCCAAGAGGAGGAGAACUCUGCUGAAUUUGUCCGCUUCUUCCCCGCCUUCAUCUGGGCUGUGAGAGACUUCACCCUGCAGCUGGAGAUAGACGGACAACGUAUCACCGGGGAUGAGUACCUGGAGAGUGCCCUGAAACUGCAGCAAGGAAACACUGAGCAAAUCCAGAAAUGCAACAUGCCCAGAUUAUGCAUCCGUAGAUUCUUUCCAUCCCGGAAAUGUUUCACAUUUGACCGUCCGGCUAACAAGAGGAAAUUGGCUCAGCUGGAGGAACUGGAAGAGGAAGACUUGGAGCCGGACUUCUUGGAACCAAUGAAUGAUUUCAGCGAACAUAUAUGGAACACUUCCCAAUCCAAGAUGCUCCCGGGAGGCCGAGUUGUCAGCGGAACAAUGCUUGCAAACCUGGCAAAGAACUACGUGGAAAGUAUCAACAGUGGGCAGGUGCCUUGUUUGGAGAAUGCUGUGCAGGCCCUGGCAGAGAUUGAGAAUGCAGCUGCUGUGCGUGAGGCCCUUUCCCGUUAUGAAGAGCUGAUGAAGGAGCGGCUGAAGCUGCCCACAGAGACAGUGGAAGAGCUGCUGGGGGUGCAUGCUGAGUACGAGAGGGAGGCCACUGGGGUGUUCAUGGCCCAUGCUUUUGGGGACCACCUUGAAAAAUUUCAAGCUGAUCUUGUGCGUAACUUGCAAGAGAGGAAGGAGGAGUUCUGCAGGAGGAAUGAACAGGUGUCUUCCGACCACUGCCUUGCUGUGCUUAUGGAUCUUUCCCAGGAGCUGGACGAUGGGAUCACCAAAGGGAUCUAUUCUGUGCCUGGCGGCUAUCAGCGUUUCUUGGAAAAGCAGCAUGAAAUAGUGGAGAAAUACCGCUUGGUGUCUGGGAAAGGGAUUCAGGCGGAAAUGGCUCUUGAGGAGUUCCUGAGAUCCAAGAAGAGCGUGGCAGAGUCGAUCCUUCAAAUGGAUAAGACCCUCAGUGACAAAGAGAAGGAAAUUGAAGCUGAGCGUGCUCGAGCCCAAGAGGCCCAACUCCAGCAGCAGUUCCUGAAGCAAAACCAAGACAGGCUGACGCAAAUGGUGGAGGAUCAGAAGCGGACCCUUCAGGAGCAGCUCCAGCUGCUGCAGGAGAAGAUGGAGAGGGAUAAGGAGGCAUGGCGAGAGGAGACGGAACGGGUGGUGCAGCAUAAGCUCAAGGAGCGGGAACAGCUGCUGAAAGAGGGAUUUUCCCAAAAGGCCAGUGAGAUGCAAAACGAAAUCCAUCGUCUCAAGAAAGGGAACUACAUUUCCAAUUCCUCCACUGUGAUGUCUGCCCUGGCCAAAACGCUCCAUACUACGUUAUUCCUGAUAGGCCAAGGUCUUCAUCCUCCUCCAAGUCUCUUCCCAGUGCCCUGUCCAAAACCCUCAAAAGCAGAUGGAGAGCUAGAUUUGGCCUGCUGUUCCACUGAGCUGGUCGUAAUAAGCCCAGGACCCAGUAAGGCUGCCAACCUCCAGCUCAACGCCAUCGACGACAGUUAA